AUGGGCUCGCCCUCUACGCUAACCUGUACGACUGAAGCAUGGCUUUCACCCAGAGAAUCCGUCGAGUCCAACAAUAAGCUCCCCGAUGAGUGGGAAGGCCGAGGAACGAUCGCCCAUAUUACCGACACAUCUAUCAAGAGGUUCCUGAGUCUGCCUCCCGAAGUUCAUGAACGACUCCAGCUAGCCAGUGCUCAAUUAACUGCACAGCAGAUGGCCGUCCAGCAGGUCCUGUCUAGUAAUCAGCCGUUCCCGAGUCCAAAUAAGUCAGCAGUGCAGCAGUAUGAACUGGCUCGUCUCGAGCUUGAUAAGCUUGAUAAUUUGCCAGCUCCGACCCUGAAACCAAAGCCAUCAACCCGGACUAGGGGCAAGUUGCAGUUGCAGGUGCAGUUGCAAGCUCGUGAGGCCACGGAGAACGCAUACUUGCAUUCCAUCACUUCCGAAAUAUCUACUUGGACCAUAUCUCGAAGUUCCCUUGAACAAAAGGAGGAAUUCCGCAUUACACUGUCUCGCUGGGCGCUAGACGCUGUUAUUGACAGGCUAAAAUUAAGCCAACAAGUCUCCCCAACCGGCCCGAUUUCAGUCGCCCUCCAAUGCUUUGGGAGCUAUCGUGCUGGAUUCGCCUUGCCUGGUUCCGAUAUGGAUCUCAUCGUGGCCACAGAAAACCUACCAUCCGACGUCCAGCGGGAGCUUCCUCUCCUCUUAGCUCAGGCAUUUCUUUCCCGUGGCCUUGCCCCUUAUCUGCUUCAAAGUAUUAAAGAUAACCGCUCGCCAGUUCUCCGCGUUUGUCAAACCCCAUCUCAGAGGUUUCGCGAUAUCCUUGAAUGGGAAUAUUUAGAUUUGGAGACUGCAAGCGAACUCAAGGCUUUUACCUCAGUACCUUUGGCCUGCUGCCGUAGCAGUACGCCAAUCAAUCAUUGCAACAUUUACUUCGACAAUGCUGAGCCCAUGUUACGCAGUACGGAUCUUUUGCGAGGCUAUCGGAUUUGUGAUGACCGCGUUUAUGAGAUGGCACAGGUGGUGAAGCGCUGGGCAAAGGCACGCAGAAUUAACGAUCCUUACAACGGCACACUCUCGUCUUAUGGAUAUACCCUCAUGUUACUCCACUAUCUGAUGAAUGUUGUUGUCCCACCGGUUAUUCCAAAUCUCCAUAAAUGCACAAGGAAGGGUACUAGCGAUGUGCAACGUGCUCAGGGACAGCCUGAGGAUUGUUUUUGGCGCAACCCACGGGAGAUUGCAAAGGAGGCUGCCCGAGGGAAAUUGACUGCCAACAAUCAACCGACCGCCUCGCUCCUCCGUGGAUUUUUUGCGUAUUACUCUGGACCUUAUCAUGAUAUAAAACCUCUCCACAAACCCACCUCUGGUCUAAGAUUCAAUUGGAAGAAUGGGGUAGUCUCAAUUAGAGAACCCAAGACCACGAAGAUGGAAAAAAACUGGACUACUUGCCGUACGGGCGCUGAUGGCAAUACGCACCGAUAUUUAUUGGCCAUUGAGGAUCCGAUUACAACGGACCAUAACGUUGCCAAGAUGGUUACUAUCAUUGGAGUUUAUUUGAUUCGGGAAGAAUUUAGACACGCGCAUGAUAUUAUCACUCGCGCUAGGCCAGUCCCAGGGACAGAUUUGGCGUGGCAGAUGGAGACAGGUGAAAUCUGUGAAGACCUAUUUACUGAGCGGCCAGCACUAUCCUUUUGA